CUUUAGCGACGCCCGAGUUUUCCGUUCAAAUUUUCUCCUCGCAAGUUUUUCCCUCGAAAUAGUUAAUAGUUGACCGAGUCGCGUGGGUCGAUCUACUCUUGCUCGGAGAAGUCACAGCCAGCCCAGUGAUCGCAUGGUGAAAUCGAAUAAUUAUCUCGCGUGGCAAACAACCAGCUGCCGAUCUACAGUGACCGAGUGUCAACCGAGUGAUAGGAUACCGCGCGAAGGAGCCGAAUCUACGUACCAACGAACAUGUUUGUGACGUUAUCGAGAAGACGGUGGUGGAUGACAGUGAGAAAUCAGCUGAUCGUUUAGGGGCGCCACGCUCUUGUGUCCUCUCCCGCGCGCGCUUUCUAUCCGUCUCCUCUUCCUCCUCGCUUAUACACGGCAGCAACCACGCGGUCUGCCGCCAGUCUUUCGUUUUCCCGCCAACGAAACCUCCCUCCAAGUAUACGCGCGUUUUCCUCAUCGGAUCAGUGCAGCACGUUUACGCUUUUCGUCGUCUCUGCAACUCCUCGUCGCCGAUACCUCGUCGUUCUACCCUGUAUCAGUGCGAGAAAUAGUGCGAGAAGGAUCGGCCCUGCAGCAAAUGGAGCAGUUGCCCCGCCACUUUUCCAACUCGUAACGCGAUCCAUUUGUCAUCGGAAUCCAGUGUUAUGUGCUUUCUGUCUUUCUUGUCGUCGUGACCAAUUUCGCGCGAGAAACGCACCCUGAACUUAGUUACCAGUCUUAGGUGUAACGUCGUCCACGGUAAACGUGAAAAAAGAUCGAUCGGUCGGUAAAUCGAUCUUGUCCGGCAGUGUCGAUAACUGCUACCGGCACAUCGAAACAAUCGCGCGUGUCUGGUUCGAGCUACAGCAAGGUAACAAAUUUAAGUAGUCCGGUUGACCAGUUUCACUCGCUCAGCUGGCUAGCGUUUCGUUUCUCCAAGCAACGACAAACGAAAAGAGAUCGUUUGCAAAUUACUACGUCGCGCCGGUAACGUCUACGACGAUUCCUUUUGUCCAUAUCUCUAACCGUAAUUUCUUAUUCUGCUCCCUCUGUCCACCGAAUCACAUUUUCACGCGGUGAAAUUAUCGUUACCCCCAUCGUUGGCCGUUCAUAUACUCGACAAAACCAGGAUUCGUCCUAUUUUGCCGGAUUUUUGCACGACAAAAAGUUUAACCAAUCGCUCGAAUAUACGCUCGAAUAUACGCUCUUUCGUUGACAAGUCAUCGUACCUAUAGUAGUAUACUUAGAAUAAGCAAGAAUCAACUUAAUAGUUGCGAAACACGGCCAAUGGUUGUUAUAGUCGUUUAACGCCAAGCAUGCAAAACUAAAACGUAUUGUGUCUUUUUAACUUUGUUUCGAAGUUAUCAGACUGCGUGUUUCUGCGAUGAACGCGAGAACAGAUACGAAUUAGAGAAGCUCGCUUUCGAACGUAUCACCUUUUCAGAUUUACAUUAUCCGCGAAAUUUCGCUAUCGAAUAAAUUAUUUAUCGAUAAAUUACCUCAGAGUCCCGUUCCGAUAGAAUUCAUCUUUUCAAGAUCCGAGGGAGCCAGUACGAUGGAACGUUGUACGAUGAUCGCCACCAAGUUGCCAAACAUUGGCAAAGAAAGAACGUACAACUUUUCUUUUAACGCAACGCUGUUAUCAUUUCUUCCACGAUUUAGAAGAAGACGAACAAACGAGUCGGAAACUUUCUCGUAAGAUAGAGGUUAGCCGUCGAUUUUCUCGAGAUUCGUAGAGGAUGCCACGAACGACGAAAUCAUCCGCGUUCCGUAUAUUCUCUCGUCCGAGUCUAGUCCACGCUCGCAAAACUGCUCGACGCCAGUGUAAACGUACAGCAAGAGAUAAGAAAAAAGGAGAACGAUAACACGGGCCGUAUCUGCAGACACCGUGUUGUACUUUUUCCGAACACGUGCGAGUUUGACAACAAACUUGCGGAGUACAGCACCGUUCAACAUAGUGUCGAAGGGAAGAUAUUGUUGGCGAUACGUGCGUGGCCACGUGCGUGCAUGGAAGAAAGAAACGAACGCAGAACCUCUAGGUACAAAGGAGGACGAAACGGAGCAAGGUGGCUCCGCUAACGGCACGAGCGGCGGUCAGAAAAUGUCGAGCGCCGCAGACAGUCCUGAUGGGAUGGCUUUGCAGUCGCACUAUUCCUUACGAUGGAACAAUCAUCAGACGCACAUACUUCAGGCAUUCGAGGCGUUGCUACACGCAGAGAUACUUGUCGACGUGACCCUGGUCUGUGCCGAGACCAGCCUCAGGGCGCAUAAGGUUGUGCUUAGUGCCUGCAGCCCAUUCUUCGAAAGAAUAUUUGCCGAGCACCCCUGCAAACAUCCGGUGAUCGUACUGAAGGACUUUCCCGGUCACGAAGUAGCGGCGCUGAUCGACUUUAUGUACCGUGGCGAGGUGAGGGUCGGUCGCGAGGAACUCGCAGGACUGAUGAGAGCCGCGGAGAGUCUGCAGGUGCGUGGAUUAGCUUCGUCGGAAACGAGGCUGACAUCGCCGCCGGAAACGCCGACCGCCGAUCUGCUACUUGGCGAGCCGUCGACACCCGAGGGCGCCAGGCAAGAAACUCCAGAGGAGGACGAUAACGUUUCGGAAAUCACGGCGCCGCCGUCCACGCGAGAGCCGGUGCCGUCAGUGAGACCCGCCAUUUUUCACCCUAGCAGGGACCAUCGCGAUAGGUUACCACACAUGAGCCAUUUGAAUUUCGGGAUGCGCGAACCGCGAGAGAAUUGCGGAUCGCCGUUGCUACCUCGACGAAAACAGGCUCGGCCGCGAAGAAGAUCCGGCGAAUUGGUGCCGCAGGAUCUCAGUCGACCUCAUCCAGCGCCGAGUCUUAGUCCGUUGGCGAGCGGAUUGAAUCUGGCCGGUAUUAAUCAACAAUCGCAACACCAACAACACCUACAGCACCAACAGCGCUCGAACUCGAGCAUGCAGAACCACCUACAUCAAGAGGAAGAGGCGGAAAAUCUUUCGAUGAAGAGGUCGUCACCCAAUGGAGUCGACCAUCACAACGUAAAAGCGGAGAGCAGCGAGGCGGCCAGUAGUCCGAGGGGAUCUCCGUUAACCGGCACGAGUCUGCUGCAUCCCGAUGGUUCCCUCCAAGAUAUUCCAUCUGCUGCGGCAGUAGCGGCGGCGGCCGCCGCCGCCGCGGGCUUACCGACGUUGUCGGCCUUGUCGCUGACACCACCGCAUCAUCAGAACGACUACCUGCUGAGCCUAGGCCAAAUAACGAACCAGUGGUUACCGAAUCAUCCACAGAGCCAAUUGCCGCCUCCACCUCAGGGUCAUCAUCCGCAGGACGGCAGCCCACACGGGACUAAUAGAACCCAUUCGUAUCAACAACAGCAGCAGCAACAGCAGCAACAACAACAACAGCAGCAGCAACAAGAAUCUCCGUUGACACCACGGCGAAGUUCCGUCGCGAACAUGUUCCCAUUGGACGGUGUUGCGUCUCUAGGUGGUGGACUGUUUCCUCACGCGGGUGCUCUCGAUAGAGGAUCCCUUUUGGCGGAUCUUCACGAUAGUUUUAAACCGGAAACGUUGCACGGACUUUUCGGCGCGGCGGCUAUGAGUGGCCAUCAUUCGGGAAAAAAACCAAAGAAACAGAGGAGCGACGGUGACGCGGCGCGCAGAUGGGGAGACCACAGCGCUCGAGGACUACCGGUGGGAAGGCCGAAAGGUCAGCACAGCGCACCCAGGGGCGGACCGCCACGGUCUUGGACGAACGCGGAGCUGACCGAGGCGUUGCAGCACGUUUGGAACAAGAAGAUGACCACGUCGCAAGCAAGCAGAAUCUUCGGUAUACCGUACAACAGUCUAUUGAUGUACGUGCGAGGUAAAUACGGGAAAAGUUUGAAACUCGAACAACUGAGAAGGGACUGCACGGGCUCGACAACGGGCGAAGUAGUAAUGAAUUCAUUGAACAACAACGUUAAGACCGCCCAGCCGCCGACGCAGAUGGCUCAUCCGCUCGCCGGUCUACCGCCGCACCCGGGUGACGACGGUGUAUUUCCUCAUCAUUCGUUGCUCGGCGCUAAUCUACCACAGGGUUUCUUUCCUGACUUUGCCGCCGCCGCGUUCCCCGUUCCAGUUAGUAUGGUGCAUUUACUUCCUCCAAGCGAACAAAAGGCCUUCGACCCGUCAGCGAAUCCCGCUAGCACGAGUGGGUGCGGGAGCGGGAGCGGGAGCGGGAGCGCAAGCGGGAGUGGUAGCGGUAGCGCAAGCGGGAGUGCAAGCAGCAGCGCAAGCGGCAGUGCAAGCGGCAGUGCAAGCGGCAGCGCAAGCGGAAGCGGGGGCGGCGGUGGCGGCAACAGUAGCACAGGAGGCGAUCUUAAUACUUCACGGAGCAGUCAAACGCCAUCGCCGGUUGAUCAUCAUCAUCAUCCUCAUCACCAUCAUCAUCGUCACCAUCAUCACGAAUCGCUGCAGUCGCAACCACCGCAGUCGGCACCAACGCUACUUCAACAAAAUGGUCCGGAUUAAAAAAAGAGAACGUUUUACGCGUGAUAUCGUAGCGCGGUCACACGCCGAUCGUCGUCUUCGUCGAAGUACCACGGAUGCGUACACGUCCGAUUCAAACCGACCAUCCCUUUUAACGAUUUCUCGAGACGCGUACACGUCAGACACGUCGAUACUUCCAUAUAAACGAGCAGAACGAUAGGCCGCGUGCCCUCGGUAUUCCCGCGAAAUUCUUCUCUUCUCGCAAGACUGACUACCACGCCGGGUUUACAGCUACCGGGGUGUAAGCUCGACGGACGUUCCACCUUGCAAGGUCCACGCUUAUGACCCACCACCGCCCGUUCUUCUCAUCUGACUUUCUUUCUCCGUCUUUCUCCGUCUUUUUCCGUCUUACUCCGUCGACAAAAAUAUCGACGUUCAACUCCCUUUGUCCGUCGAUCGCGAAACUCGGUCGAGCGUACCGGCGAAAUUCUCUCGUAUCUUCUUCUUGGCUAAAUUAGCGGCUCGUCCGGAAACAGCUCGAAGGAAGAAGAGUCAUCGACGGUGUCUUUUCUGGUGCUCGUUCCCCCGUUACGCGCUUGCUACGCGUCCUGACCAAAAAUUCAUCUACCCUUCGGUCGAUAAGAAACGCAACUAGGUGCUUGGAAGCGGAGACUUUGGCUGGUGGGCGAGACACACGACUCUCCUCGUAUCGUCGCUAUAAAUAGUUCCUGCUACAACAGCGAUCAUACCAAAUAAUAGUACUGUAAAACGGCUAAAGCAAAUGCAACGGCCGCCCUACGUGAAAUAGGAAAAAUCGUCGAACAAUUCUCCGUAUACUUGCAGACUUCUCGUUGAGAAAGUGACAUACACGCCAAUGAAAGAGAAAAAGAGAGAAACGGAGAGAGGAAGAGACGCACACGCGCUUACUUACUAUAAUACUUUGAAAACAUCCUGGUAGCCUGUGAUGUACACGAGUCAAGGUUUACAAGACUCGAACCAUAGUUUAAUACGCGGAUCGUUAACAUACCUGUUGCAAUUCGCGCUCGGUGGCAGCAAGCUGACGCGUUGAACGAUCGUUACUCGUUUGACAAUCAUACGCAAUAAUCCGAAACGUUGUCUUUUAAUUUUACGCCAAUCUCUAUUUUUCCGACGUAGCUGUAUAUCUCUAUUUAUCUGAAUCGACGCUAGCCGAACGUUGCUCCACCGUGCUUAUUAUCGGUCAUGCUUCCACGAUUAAAACGAAAUCAAUCGACCAAUCACGUAAUACCUCGUAUCUAUGGAUCGUCUUGCUGCCGCCGUUGAAGCGCGUCGAAACGAGCUUCCAAUUGACUACCAUUAUUUUACCUUAUCUGUUCGAUGUUAACCGCUGAUAUAGUUCAGUUUGAUACAACGAUAUUCGUUACGGAUAGACGUCACUUUCGCGCGAGCCGUUUGCGUCGGUCCUCGAUAGGGUUUCGAAAGCGGUAAAGAAACGUUCGCGACCACCGGAAUUACGUGCAUUCGUAAAAUCACGUUACGAUUGCCGGAGUAUAGGGUGGAACGGGGUUUACGUAAUAAUCGCGCGCAGGGUGGUGCGAGCUUGCCAAGAUUCUCUCUUUUUUCUCUUGCCACGCAAGAAGUAUCGCGGCCACGAAUUGUCCCAGUACACGCGCUACUCCCGCCAACCGCUGCGAUAUCCUCUACGGACAGACAGACGACUGUACAUUGAUCUGUAAAUACGUAACUGUACCCUCGAUCGUUAGCGACGCUUCGUUCCCUUUCUUUCGCUUUGUUUUGUCGCGAUAAUUCUUCUUCAAAUCGAGAUUUCCCCACUCGAGAGAAACAACGCGCCACCUAAAGCACGCGGAUAUAAACUCAAUGACCGGCCGAAUCGCCGGAAAGCUCGGCAAGUUAGCUAGAGGAAAAGACGAAGCCGCGCGUGUCCGUUCGAUCGUAAAUCUUGGUGAGCUCCCGGAAACGCGAACCUUAUUCGGCCAGUGCGAAACAAGGGGUGGAACGAACGAGUGGAAACGAGCAGAUGCUAAGAAACGAGAAACAAGGAAAGAGGAACAAAAUUCGUAUUCGAAACACGGGACAAACGACGAAAUUUUAAUCGUAGACCACAAUUUCGCAACAAUAUUUCGACAACCAGACGGAAGCGCAGGGUAACUAACACAUCAGGGAUAGCCACAGACAAAUCUACGAUAGAUAAAGAGAAAAAAAGCUAACGUAUUAAACUGUAAAAGUAAUGGUAACGAAGAAACAAACAAAAAUUAACGUAAAGCUAUAAUACAUUUACGAUGAUUAUUUCGUUAAUGAAUCUUAAGAAAAUGAGAAAAAAAGACAAAAAAAAAAAAGAAAAGAGAUAUGCAAAGAGAGGUGAGGAAACGGCAAGAGAAAAGAUGGUAAAUUCCGUUACGUGACACCUUGCUGCACCUAGCAAAAGCGAGAUUAAAUAUAUUAUUAAAGAAUAACUUGUAAGUAUAACGUAACGAUGGGAGAAAGCGUAUGGAUUCCGUAAGGAGGUUAAGCAAAGAUAUUAGAGAAACCACAGGCUUUCAGCCCCAAAAUAGCCUGUACGAUACAAACUAAUAUUAUUGAUUAUUAAUAUUAUAUAUACAUAUAUAUAUACACACAUAUAUAUAUAUUAUAUGUUAUAUAUUAUAUAUAUUAUAUAUGCAUAUACAUAUAUAUAUUAUAUAUACAUAUACAUAUAUAUCACAUAUAUAUGUAUAUAUAUACAUAUACAUAUAUAUACAGGGUGUUUCGAAAGAGUUUAUAACUGCUUCGACGGGUUAUACCGUGAGUUUAGCCCCCCCCCCCCCCCUCGUAUAUUGUAUUUUACAGAAGUAAUUAUAAUUAAGAUAUUUUACUUUUUUAUUUACGAAAAAUCAACGAUGAUUUGCCUGAAAUUUCGUAUUACGAUUUUUUACUUUUAGACGCGUUUAAUCGGGGUCGUUUCUCAUGCUAGCAACGAACCAACAGAUAUCGUUAAGGUUACUCGAAUGAUUUACACGUAGAAGUUAAGCUGAUUACAGAUUAUCUUCAAUGACUUUACUUGUAUCAAUGACAUGUGAAAAAUUGGGUAAGAAGCGGAGGGCAUACGAAGCGGUAUGACCACGUGGAAACUGGUUUUAACAAUUUUUUAUCCACUCUGUUGACGAGAAGAAGAGCGAGUAAGCCAAUGAAAUGCUAGCGAGAAAUCUAGGGAAUGAGUGCGAAAGCGAGGCGAAACAGCGAAACAGAGAAGACAGAGAAUCUCUUCUCUGGGUCGCGAGUUGUAAGUGCGUAUAACGAUUAAAAGAGAAAGCAACAAGAAAGAAAGAAGAGAAAAGAGAAAAAAAAUAGCGGAAGAAAAAUGUGUGCGGCUGAUCGUGCGCGUGAUUAUUAGAGCGACUGUGGAAAGAGAGACUACGUAGACAUAUGUGAUAGGCACCAUGUGCACACUUCAGUAUUAUUUUACAGUUAAACGGAGGAAAAAUCGUAAACACACGAAACUGUACGUUGUCGUCGGAUACUCUUCGAGCAAAGCUUACGGCUGUUUCGUUGUUCGUAUGCCUUUCAGGUGAAUUCGAACGAGUUCCGACCCGCUCCUGAUCGCGAAACAUAUUCCAGCGUGUCCCGAGCCCCGUACACACAAACCCGAGAUCGGCCACGGACAAUUCGCGAAUAACUUAUUUCGAGCAAAAGAGAACUUAACGAUCGGACAAGCGAAAAACGUGCAAGAUAUACGCGAAAGACGAUCAUCUCUGACAACGAGAAGUACGGUUGCGCGCGCGAAAGAGAGAGAAAGAGAGACUCGGAAGCUGCAUAAGAGGGACAUACGCGUUCAUACAGACGGAUAUACGGACAUGUACUCGGGCACACGUACUCGCAUAUUCACACGUACUCAGACACGCGCGCGUUCGCUCACACCCUCGCUCAUUCACUCGCUCACUCUCAGAUACAGACACACACGCACACACACAUACGUGCGCGCGCGUACGCGUAUUCGCGUGAACGGUAUCGAGAAAAAUUGUCACAUUGUCGCAUUGUCGCAUAGGGUGUAAGUAGAGAGGCGAAAAAGGGGUGAAAAAGGAAAGGGUGGAUAGAUAGAAAGGCGGCGCGUAUCGAUUGGUUACUUUAUUACCGCGAAAUGCACGGAUAUUAUUACGCGUAGUACAAGUUAGUCGAAUUGUCGCGAAGGCACGCGAAACCAGUUGAUAAUGAUUAAAACCGAUAGUAAUUAUCGAUUCGUUGUUAGCAAUCUUGGCUACGCGUGCGAACAGGACACGGCGAAAGGUUGUAUUCGAAUUCUGGGCGGCACAAGAAACCGUCAGCCGUUCUUACUUAUAUAUCGACGUAAUUAUUAAUUUUUUACCAUAUCCAUUAUAAUUAUUAUUAUUUGUGUGUUUGUUAUUUAUUACAAUACGUAAGAUACAGUACGUACAUUAUCAUCAUCGUCGUCGUCGUCGUCGUCGUCGUCGUCGUCGUUAUCCUUAUUAUUACUAUUAUUAUUAUUAUUAUUGUUUUGUGUUACUAUUAUUAUCAUUAUCACUAUUAUUAUUAUUAUUAUUUUUUUUUAAUUAUCAUUGGCUUUACGUCAUUAUUAUCAUUGAUUAUUAUCAUAUUAUUAUGAUAUUAUCAUAUUAUCAUUGAUUUUAAAAUUAACUUUACUAUCUAUAUUACUCAUUAUAUAACUCGAAUCGAUCGGGAUGAAUCAAUCUGCUCGCACCGCUUAACGAUCUUCACGAACAAGACGCGAUCGCUACAUAUCAUUAGUUCUAUUGCGGUAUUGUUAAUUUUAGUAGCUCGCUAACGCGUUUCUCAUAAAUGUAACACGUGUCACGUCGCACUGUCUGUUUCGACUGUCCGACAGAUUUUUCUAACACUUUUUUGACAGAAAUCAGCGAAACGACGCGAAACGACGCGCAUCGGAAGAAAAAUGUCUUAAGGAAUCUGUUUCGUCCUGUUUCGCAAACUUGCGUUAACGACCCGUAUUAUCUUAGCCCCCAUUUCGGUUUACAUUAGUCGAUUCCAAUCAAUUCUAUUGUUUUUCUUCCUGUUGCAAUACAAAUAGUGCAAUACGGCGGGUAUUAAAUUUGAAACGACGACUUGAGAUAGUACCAACUACAUCGUCGUAUCGGGUCAUUACCGGAAAGGAUUUCCGAUCGUGAAAACGCUUGUAACGAAAUGAAACGGAUUCCUUAAAAUGUCCUUCCUCGUAUUUUCUGUUCAAAGCGUCGUUUCGUUCCACUAUCGAAUCUUUAUCGCGCUAAUUUCUCGCACGAUGUUAUUACGCGUUAUCUUCUUAUUCGUUAGUCUUUAAGUAGAAGAAAUUAUUGUCAUUUCUACGUUGUUAUCGGUGCAUCGCUGGCAUUACAUCGUAAUUGUCGUGAUCAUUCUCACUCGAUAUCGUGUCAUUAUAACGUUGCCAUUAUAUGCACUAUCCACGACCGUCAUUGUCACCGUUCAAACAUAAAUAUUUUUAAAACCAUCGCCGCUGCGACCGCCGCUAUAACGUAUACACUGUUACACUGAUAAUCACAUUACUCCUAUGGGUACAGUUAUAUUAUAUCGAAUGACACAAAUAGGACAGACGAAAUACCUUUGAUUUUUCUGGGACUCCGAGACCGAAGUCACCAUCUUAAGUUCCUACAGUACGAGAAUGAGAUAGUACGGUUUUAUCUGACAAGAGCAGAGGAAGAAAUAAAACAGUGAAAAGGACAAACUGCAACAAGAAUGAAAGAUAUUAAGUAUUUACAUGUUGAGAGAGAGAGAAAGAAAGAGAGAGAGAGAGAGAGAGAGAAAGAGAGACAGACGGACAGACAGACUGGGGCGGGAGAGGGAGGAAGGGUGUGAAUAUGAGAGUAAGAAAGCUAGGAUGAGAAAGCGCAAGAAAGAGAUACGCCUCCAAAAAAGAAUUAUUUUUAAUUUACAUGAGAUCACACUUGUACAUAGGAUCAAAGAAUGCGCAAUCGAUUAUUUAUGCAUAAUAUAUACGUACGUAUAAUAUAUAUAUUAUAUAUAUUUAUCGAUAAUUGUGCAAUGGGAAUAUUGUUCUUCGGAUACAACCUUUAAUCGGGUGAUAGAAAGAAGAAAUGAGAUAUAAAUUUGCGAGGAUGCGCAGAAUUAGUUAAAAGAAGAAACGGAAUGAACGUAUGUUGAGGGGAGAAGAGAGAGAGAAAGAGAGAGAGAGAGAGAGAGAGAGAGAGAAAAUGAAUGCAUAAAACACGCGGUUUCUAUGUCGUCGUGCGAUAUUAUUAUGUGGCGAGUAUGCGAAAGUUUCGAAAGUGCCUCGUAUCGAGUGCAAACUGUCUCGGGGGGUGCGCCUCAUCGUUAAGAGAUGGCGCUUCGUAGCUUGUAAUUAUUUGCUCCGUCGUGGUAUUAUCAACCGUCGGCAUGGUUCGUGUAUUACAUAGGUAAAACAGAUGUUUUGUAACGGGAUAAAAUCACUUCGGCUGGUUAUUAUCGAUCUAACGAAAAGUCAAAAUUUAUCGAAAUUUUGCCUCCGAUUUCUUCAAAGUUUUGACGGCUUUUCACUCGACACGGGCAAGAAACAUUCCAUCGGUCACUCUUGGCCGAGUUCCAAUGGUCGUGACAUAGAAACCGUCAAUAUCGAGUUUCACAGAGAAUUCACUGUAUAAAGCAACAGGACAAAAUCCAGAAAACAGAUGAAAUAGUUACUUGCAUCGGUUGUGCUGUCACGUAGUUCCUAAAUCGCCCUAGCCUCGCCCCGAGCGCAUGAGAAGAUAACAAAUUAACGCUGUUUAUUCGUGGUACGGUAACCGCUGCGCCUUCGAUGCUCUUGAUCGAAGGAAUAAUUAUUAUAUAUCUUUAUCGCUAUCAUUCGAAACAUUAUUCCUCCGGCGAUCAUGAGUUUUCGCAGCCUCAUAAUGUACAUCUACUUUGAGUGACGAUUCUUUAAACACUGCGCUGAAUUUCAUUCCAACAGAGUAUAUAUUCGUCGUUAUUGGUUAUCUCGUCAAUUAGCGAUUUAAUUUUUUAUAUGUAAAAUAUUUCACAAGAUUAUACAUAAUAUACGAAGCGAGUGAUAAAAUAAUUUAUAUGCCUUGAUUUCGCGCAGUGUUUAAGAAAGAAUAAUUCGUUUUACCGUAAACAAGCUAGAAGGAGACAUAUUUACGCGUAUAUAGUUUCCUUUGCGACAAAGAAUGUGUACAGACGCCGAACGACCAUGUAUACGUAUAAAGUGAUGUACGUUCCCUGAUACGUUUAGAUAUACCUACAAUGGUGCUGAGCUGCAUUUACCGUACAACGAACCAAGCGCUUAUACGAAAUAUAACAGAAGGAAAUAAUAGAACGCAAUCGGCGGCCGGUACGUUGCCGUUUUGCACGCUACAUGACGAAAACAUGGAACGCGAGAAAAAGAAACAACAACAUAGGAAGCGCACAUUACAGAAAUAUAAUAUAACGAUAUAUUUAUACGAAUUACAAUUGUACCAUAACGAUUAUAAUACUACUUAUUAUAUUAUACAGAGCCGCCGCCACCCAGUAUAUUUUUUACAGGUUUACAUUGUAUUACAGUUUAUAAAGUUUGAUAUACAAUAACAAUUACCUAAGCGCAGGGGGCCGUGGUGGCGAACGCGUGUCCUGCGACACACCUAUUUACAUAGGUGAAACUGCGGAACGGUAAGCAUCGCGGCACUGCGCUACGCUAUAACUACAAUAUUUCCGAGUGUUUGAGAAUCGACGUUAUCGUUGAGACAGACGAAUCGAACACGGAACUCGUAGCUACUAUAACAUAGGCAAUGUAUAUCGACAGGACAGAAUCGGGUAAACGCGAUCGGAGAUUGCCGCGGGCCUUCUCGCGAAGAUAUGCAAGACAUUUUUCGUGCCGAACGUUAGCUACGAUAUAUAUACGUAACGUAACGUAAUAUGCGCGCGUGCAUGCGUAUGUGUGUGUGUGUGUAUGUGUAUGUGUAUGUGUGUAUAUAUAUAAUAUAAAUAUGUAUACACGCGAUCGCGUUAUAUUUCACGCAUGACACGACGCGAACUUCUAAUAUAGAUAAAUUCAGAGAGUCGUUUGGCUGCGAUCAGUGGAGUACAAUUUAAUUAAUAUCGAUCAACACUCGCGUUAAAGUCGUUCGCGAAGAUAAAGACAGAACUAGAAACACAGAGAGAGAGAGAGAGAGAUUUUUCGCUGUUAUUUUUGCUGUUGUUGUCUUGCGCAGCCGGUAGAUUCAGACUUCUUUUUUUCACUACGUUAAGACGACGAAGCAGCACCGGUACUCGUUGUUCGUUGAUAUAUACAGAGAAUAGUUUCCAAACAAAAAUUUACAUCUCCGGAGAGAAAGAGAGCAUGCGCGGAAAGGAGUGAAAGAGAGGGAGAGAACGAGAGAGAAAGCGCGAAGUAACUUCGAUUCUCGAACACUCGUACCGAUAAUGCAUAAAUGAUUGCUACAUGACUUGUGAUACGUUUACCGCUGGUUACUACCGAGACUUCCUAGCCGACCCUACGACAGGAUCGGCACCACUAGUUCACUCACGCACACGAUUCAACAUUUAUACCGAUUUAUUACGGAUUUAUUGAUUAAUCGAAUUAUUACGUACGCAAUUAAAUUAUUAGAUGAAAAGUAUUUACAAGAGAGAUUAACGAGAACGAACAAACGACAAACAAAAAGAGGCAAUAAUAAUUGCGAAACACGCAAAACGUUGCAGACUAAUUAACGGUGUGAAUGCGCACACGAGGCUAGGACGAGGCUAGCUACCUAAAUCCCACGUUCGCUCUUCGGACUAAAAAACACACGCGCGCGCGCGCGCACACACACACAAGACACGCGCGUGCGCGCGCUCACACACAUAAAACACGCGCGCGACCCAAUCGUAUCCACCCGCCCUGAUUACGAGAAUUAUUAUAUUAACCCCUAAUAAAAAAUGUACAUACAAUUGCAACGUU